GAGAGAGAGAGAGAGAGAGAGAGAGAGAGAGAGAGAGAGAGAGAGAAAACUUCACGUUCAACCCAGAAGAUGCUCACGUUUGGCUCUCCUCAAUUAUCCCCUCCCGUGAAGAUAGGUGGCGUGCGUUUCAGGGGGCUUCUUCCUCUGUGUUGCACGGCGAAGAAAAGGAGGUGGAAAGAAAAAAAAAUGUCAUUAGAAGAGGCGUAACACGUCAGUCCCUACCCAGGUUUGUUUCCUGGAGUGGGUGUAAGACAUCAGUUGUAAACCUGCCCUAGCAGGAAUAGCGGUCCCUCCCUCCCUCCCAAACUAUUUCUAAGGCUUUAUUUCUAAGGCUGUAUUAUCACCGGUGGAAAAGGAUCCGCUCACCGACAACGCGCUGCAGUAUCAUCCCUCCUCGCGACUCCUAUAUCCAAGCAAGACACCUUCUUUAAAAACCAAAAAACGCAAGAUAUCAAGCUGAAAUCAAGGAAUCGAGUCCAUGCGAGCUGCCAUCUGAUUCCCCCCCCCCACACACACACACUUAUCAAUGAAGCAAGAGAUCAUGGCGGAUGGCCCCAGGUGUAAGAGGCGAAAACAAGCCAACCCGAGACGGAAAAACGCAGCUCUGAACUACGAGAAUGUGGUGGAGACGGGCUCGGAGACGGAGGAGGAGGACAAGCUGCCGGUGUCCGAGGAAGACCCCCUGCUCAACGGCACAGGCAGCCCGGCCAGCCUCACCAACCCGGAGGCCUCGCCGCGGGCCGAGAGCCACGGCCUGCUGACCAAGGAGGAGGAGGACGACGAGAUGCGGGACAGCGGCGUGGAGCACAUCUGGCCCGACAACGACAUGCUGAGCGCCUCGGUCGACGGUACUGAUGAAAUAAAAGAUGACUUUGACACCCUGGGCCCUGACACCACUUUGCAGGCAGUAGGAAACGGUACAGUCAAGAGCGUCGAUUGCACUUCAGAGUUCGAGGACUUUUUUGCCAAGCGGAAGCUGGACGACGGCGACAGUCACGUGGUGAGCAUCGCAGAGUACCUGCAGCGGGGCGACACCGCCAUCAUCUACCCAGAAGCCCCGGAGGAGCUGUCCCGCCUGGGCACGCCGGAGGCCACCGGUCCAGAGGAGAAUGACCUGCCACCUGGAACGCCAGAUGCCUUCGCCCAACUGUUGACCUGCCCCUACUGCGACCGGGGCUACAAGCGUUUGACUUCGCUGAAGGAGCACAUCAAGUACCGCCAUGAGAAGAACGAGGAGAACUUCGCCUGCCCCCUGUGCAACUACACGUUUGCUUACCGCACUCAGCUUGAGCGGCAUAUGGCCACACACAAGCCUGCAAGGGAUCAGCACCAACUGCUCAACCAAGCAGCCGGCAACCGCAAGUUCAAAUGCACCGAGUGUGGCAAGGCCUUCAAAUACAAGCACCAUCUGAAGGAACACCUCCGGAUUCAUAGCGGAGAAAAACCGUAUGAGUGCCCCAACUGCAAGAAGCGUUUCUCCCACUCUGGCUCCUACAGUUCCCACAUAAGCAGCAAAAAGUGCAUCGGUCUGAUCGCCGUCAACGGCAGGAUGCGCGGCAGCAUGAAGACGGGCUCCUCCCCCACAUCUUCCUCCUCCUCGCCCACCAACACCGCCAUCACCCAGCUUCGGCAGAAGCUGGAGAACGGCAAGCCGCUCAGCCUCGCCGAACACAACAGCCACCUGAGCAUCAAGACUGAGCCGCUUGACUUCAACGACUACAAGCUGAUGAUGGCGUCGCACGGCUUCGGCGCCCCCGGGCCGUUCAUGAACGGAGGCAUGGGAGGGAACAGCCCGCUGGGGGUCCACCACAACUCAACGGCCCAGAGCCCCUUGCAGCACCUGGGGAUGGGCGGGCUGGAGUCGCAGCUUCUGUGCUACCCGGGGCCGCUGGGGAACAACCUGAGCGAGGUGCAGAAGGUUCUCCAGAUCGUGGACAACACCGUGUGCAGGCAGAAGAUGGACUGCAAGCCCGAGGAGCUCUCCCGGCUCAAGGCCUACAUGAAGGAGCUGGGCUCCCAGGUGGAGGAGCACAAACAGGCGCUGACAUCCGCGGGCGCUCAGGUCGGUCUUCCGCUCGUCGAUCACAACGGCGCCACUAAAAGCAUCAUCGACUACACGCUGGAGAAAGUGAACGAAGCCAAAGCCUGCCUCCAGAGCCUGACGACAGACUCAAAGAGGCAGAUUAGCAAUAUCAAACGAGAGAAAGCCAACCACAUGCUCGAGGGAAGCGUGGACGAGAAGGUGCAGGAAAAUACCAUGUUUACACCUUAUGCUUGCCAAUAUUGCAAAGAAAGCUUCAACGGGCCAAUACCUUUGCAUCAGCACGAGCGCUACCUGUGUAAAAUGAACGAGGAGAUAAAAGCCGUGCUGCAGCCCAGCGAGAACUUGAUGCCCAACAAACCAGGGAUAUUCAUGGAGAAGAACACCCACUUGUCCUCCUCCAUGUUGUGCGAGAAGGGACUCACUGGGCCCCUUCACCCUUACAGGGACCACAUGUCCGUGCUGAAGGCGUAUUUUGCCAUGAACAUGGAGCCCAACUCGGAGGAGCUGCUGAAGAUUUCCAUAGCGGUCGGCCUUCCUCAGGAAUUCGUCAAGGAGUGGUUUGAGCAGCGAAAGAUGUACCAGUACGGCACUACCAGAACCCCACCACUGGAGCACAGGCACAACAUGGAUAUGGUCGCCGGAACAAACAACCACCACACUCCGCAGAAAGACUCUAUGGCAGCUAGGUCACCUGUGUCUCUCAUGAAACCUACGGACCGCAUCACAUCGCCCUCCAUAGCGGAGCUCCACAACAACGUCAACAACUGUGACAACGCGCUCAGACAUUUGAAAAACCACCAGUACGGCACUGGCAAACCCGCAGGUGAAAAGUUGGACCACUCCCGCAGCAACACCCCCUCGCCGCUAAAUCUGUCCUCCACAUCUUCCAAAAACUCUCACAGCAGCUCCUACACUCCGAACAGCUUGACUUCCGAAGACCUGCAGGCCGAGCCGCUGGACCUCUCUCUGCCGAGACUAAUGAAGGAACCCAAGCAUGCACUGACUGUCAAAAGCAGACCUAAAGUCAACAGCAUCGCCAUCGACCAUAACAGCAUCCCCUCUCCUCGCGAGCACUUCGAAGAGCCUUUGAACUUGGCCUAUCUGAAGAAGGAAUUCUCAGGCUCUACCAACAACGGAAACCUUGAAAAAAGCACUAGCCCCCUCUUCGGCAUGAACCCAUUUGCUGCCAAACCCCUGUACUCACUUCCACCUCAGAGCGCUUUCCCACCUGCCACAUUCAUGCCCCCGAUGCAGGCCAGCAUACCGGGUCUCAGGCCCUAUCCGGGCAUGGAUCAAAUGGGCUUCCUACCACACAUGGCCUACACUUACGCAGCAGGGGCAGCUACCUUUGCCGAGAUGCAGCAGAGGAGAAAGUACCAGCGGAAACCAGGUUUCCAGGGGGACCUGCUCGACGGUACACCAGAUUACAUGUCAGGGCUGGACGACAUGACAGACCCCGACUCCUGUCUGUCGCGGAAGAAGAUUAAAAAGACCGAAAGUGGUAUGUACGCGUGUGACUUGUGCGACAAAACAUUCCAGAAGAGCAGUUCCCUUCUAAGACACAAAUAUGAACACACAGGCAAGCGGCCGCACCAGUGCCAGAUCUGCAAGAAAGCCUUCAAACACAAACACCAUCUCAUCGAGCACUCGCGGCUGCACUCGGGGGAGAAGCCCUACCAGUGCGACAAGUGCGGGAAGCGGUUCUCGCACUCGGGCUCCUACUCGCAGCACAUGAACCACCGCUACUCCUACUGCAAGCGGGAGGCAGAGGAGCGGGAGGCGGCGGAGCGGGAGGCCCGCGAGAAGGGCCACCUGGAGCCCACGGAGCUGCUGAUGAGCCGGGCGUACUUGCAGGGCAUGACGCCUCAGGGCUACCCGGAGAUGGCGGAGCGCGAGGCCAUCCUGAGGCACGACGGCGUGAACGGAGGGAUGCGAGAGGGACGGAAGGAAGUGGACGGAGCGUACGCGAAGAUGGGACGGAGGGACGAGGAGUUCGAGGAGGAGUUUGAGGAGGAGAGCAAGAGCAUGGACACGGACGCGGACACGUUGCGGGACGAGGAGGAGAACGGAGAGCACUCGAUGGACGAUAGCUCGCUGGACGGCAAAACGGAAACCAAAUCGGAUCACGAGGACGGGAUGGAGGACGGCAUGUGAAUCGGCGAAGGGCGUUUUUUUUUUUUUUUUUUUUUUUUCCUUCGAAAAAGCUUCCCAUCUUAAGAGUUUUUAAGUUUCUCUCUUUGGGUUUCAGUAUUCUUACCUGCUCGGCUUUAAAACCAAACGCCGUGUUUUAAGCCGUAGACGUGCACGUGCCUGAAGCUUCAGGGAAGCUUUCUUUGACAGACUCCUCGAGGGAGGGAGGGAGGGAGGGAGGGAGGGGGAGGUGGGGGGAGGUAAAGAUGUCUGCUGAACAAUACAUGGACUCAAAAGUCAAUCCGGAGGAGGGCGUCGAUGGGAAGGGAGGCAUGGGUUUGUGAAAUAAGCUGCAUUAUGCAAACCGAACAAUGGACAAAUGAAUACAUUUAAAAAAAAAAUGUACAGUACUAAGGCCUAAAAAUAUGUGUGGUGCUAACCUCCUCAAAUAACCCCAUCCCCCCGCCCCCCGUGUUCCAUAGUAUUUAUAGCACAACUAGUGACUUGUACAAAUUGCACUCCGCUUCUAUAAUCAUGAACAAAAAUAAUAAAAAAGUAUUGCCUAUGUAUAUAUUUAUACAGUGUUGGAAAAAGAGCAGUAGUGUCUGCACUACAGUCCUUCGAUAUUACCUUUUGUUAUCACCUACCUACCUUCCUACCUACCUACGGUGUUGUCUUUAGUUUUUGCCAUGUUGCCGGGGCCACAAACAUCUCCAGCCACACUAUGUUAGGCCUCUGAAUCAAACGUCAAAAUGAAGGAAUUUAAACAAAAAGACUGUAAUGAAGGAGCUUUCUUUUUUUUUUUUUUAAAGAGGAUGAAGUUUUAAAGAGAGACCUUCGUUUUAAGGGAAAAUACAGUUUAUGGACAGAUGGUAUUUCGGGGUGGGGGGGGGGUGAAGGACGAAGCCUUUGUAAGGUGUUUUUGAUAAGAAAAAAGAAGCCUUAUAUGCAAACCUUUUAACCUGUGUGUUUUUCUGCAAGUGCCACCCUCGUAUUGUGUAAAAGGAAAGGUUAAUUUUUAGUUUCACCAGCUUUCAGUAUUAUGAAAUGGUUCACCGUUGUUCUUUGAAGCAUCCGUGUCAGUAUUAAUAAGACGUGUAGGCAGCAGUUCCUUAGUUUACAUUAUGUUGUGCAAUGUUUUCUCAGUUUCUUUGAACUUUUGUCAGUAUUACACCAAACCUUAUUUUUUUUUAUUUUUUUUUUGAAAACAAUAAAUUGCAUUUCAUUUUAUUUGUAGGUUGAAAAAAAAAAAAAAACAUUAUUUAUGUGGCCCAUUUUAUAUUUCCUAAUUUUAUUUAUUUCCUACUGUUGUGUACAGUACUAUAGUUCUUCAAUAUAUAGAUAUAUUUUAGUAAAAAGGAACAUGGUGUCGAUCAUAGGGGCAAAUUUUACGUAAAGAGAGCAUUUAUUGUGUUUUGAAACAUUGUGAAAUGCGAAAGUUUAAUCUUAUUUUAUUUUUAUUUUUCCUUUUAUUUUCCAGCUUGUGGGAAAUUCCAAAAUUUGGGAACUUUUAUACAAUUGUGAAAACACUGUAUUUUCGACUGAAAAAAAAAAUUCCACUUUCUUCAUCUUUGUUUUCUUUUUUUAAGCUGAAAAAAAAAAAUGAAGAGGGACUGUUAAAUACUAUGUAUGAUAUCAUGACUGAAGAAGAAUCUUUCCUGAAAAUGUCUUUGUAAAAGUAUUAUUGAAUUCUUAAUUUGUAAUUUCUCUUGAAAAUGAACCCUGCUCGAAUAAAAAGUAGCCAAAUUACAGAGUA